UAAAAAUAUUCUAGUUAUGUCAUAUAUACAUUCAUAAGUAUAUUCCAUAAAGCCUUAUGGGAGGCACCAUUACAAUAUCUCACUGGUAGGGAAACUGAGGCACAGAAAGGUGAAGUAACUCACCCAAGGCAGAGUCAUGAAUAGAAACCAGGAGUUCUGGCACCAAUUCCUUUAGAUUAGCCACAAAACUACCUUUCCUUUAUAUUUCCCUACAGUGUUUCUUCCUUUUUCUCUCUCUCAGUCUCUUCUGUCGCUUUUUAUUCUCUGCCAUUGUCUCUCUUUCUCUGCCUGUCACCUGGUCUUUCUUUCCCCUCCUUCACUGGUCCCCUCCCACUGUAGUCCUUUGCCAGCCCUGUAGUUCUCUCUCUGCUCUGUCUCCUUCUCCAAAUCUCUGCAUCCUGUUUCUCCAUUCAUCUCCAUCUACUGUUGUUCCCUCCUCAGGUGUUAAUUCUCUUUACCAGAUAUGCAUAUGGAACUCCCAUCAGCCCUCCCUAUGAUGAGCAAAGGGGGUGCUGAGAGUGUGUGGGGCAACCAGUGCCUACGGUCUCCUUCUCCCCCGUCUCUAACUCACUGCCAUAGUAAGCUGGGAGAAGGGGAUGGAGGAAGAGGAAGCAGCCUCGUUUGCCUGCUCAACCCAACUAUCUAUUGAGUUUCCGGGCUGCUCAACCCAAGUAGCCCCUUGUCAGUGGGAGGAGAAGCUACAGGGGGAAUCUUGCUCACACCAGACAGCCCUGCUAAAGAGGGACACCCCGAAUGAGAGGAGUUUUCAGGAUGAAAUAGCUAAGAUCUGGAGAAGAGGACAGGGGUCCUGAGGUCUGUCAAGGACUCCAGUGACUGUCAUGCAGUCAUGUCAUCAGGCAUUCUACCAGUGACAAAGUUAGGUAGAGCUACCAUUGCUUUGUGGUAUAUUCAUACAGGGGCUAUUAAAGCAUUGGCCUAAAAUAUUAGGGUGAAAUAUGCCCCAGGUCUCUUACACUGAGCUCCACUUACAUUAGAUUCCAUUCUGAGGGAGCUGGCCUGUCUUUUGGGGCAGAUGAAAGGUGCUGCAAACAUAAGCAUCAGAAAGGAAUGCUAGACAAAAGGUGAAAAUAGCAGACUUGUACAAAGUAAUGGCAAUUCUCCAGAACACCUCUGGCCUGACUUUGACUGAAGGAGACAGCACCCAUGGUGGGAUAACUUAAGGGACUGCAUCUUCACCAUCAGAAAGAAGUUAACAUAACAGGAAGAGGGUGAAAUCCUGGCCCCAGAAAAAUUAGAUUUGGCAAGAUUUCCAUUGACUUCACUGGGACCAGGAUUUCACCCCAGAAAGGGGUCUCAAAAGUACAUGAACAUUCUCAGUAACAGAGGCUGCUUAAAGGCAUCUGGUGCAUUGCUGGUCUAUCAAGCAUUGAUUAAAUAGUGCCUUUUAAAUGUAAGCUGUGGGUAAACUUAACCACAAAAACCAAACAGACCCUUCCCCCAACAUUUAAGGCAAACGUUCCUGCUUAUAUCUAAGGUAAACAAAGGAAACCACAAUAUUAAAAACAACUAAAUUAUUGAUAUUAUAUUAACUGAUAGAUUGAAGCCUAGACAUUCCUUUUAAAUGUUUUUAAAUAAGAUUGAGAAACACCCUCAAACUUUGUUGCAUUAAAAACAUAGUUCUAAAUCUGACGCAAGCCGCAUUCCUUCCAACCUUAUUUUUCAACCAGUUAGGAGCCCCUCUGGAUUUCAAAGCGCACUUUGCUCGGCAGAGCUUUUAAAAAACCACAAGACACUGAUCCUGCCAUGAACUUCACUUGAGCAGACCUCCCCCCCCCUUGAAGUCUGCAGGGCUCAGCAAUCCUGCCACUUGGAGCACAUUGCAGGAUCAGAGCUUACACCAGAUUUCAAUUAACCUUCAUACAAGGGGGGCGCGGGGUGAUUGAUUGUGUCACCCUCUGGGUUUGUCAGAUAUCAGGCGCUGCUGUAAAAUGCACCUGUUUCCCCAGGCUUGUGGUAUCCAGGUUAAUAGACGGUGCCCAUCACCAUGGGCUCUGAGAGCAUUUCAGAGGACCCAAAAGGGGGAUUCCGUGUUGGGGAGGGUGGAUGAGGAGGGAGUGUCGUUAUUCCCAUUCCCCUAGCACCCAAGGGCCAGUCUGGGAGCUCCGCAGGGGCAGGUUUGCUCAGGCCUGGGGGAGCUGGGGGCUGGACGGCCGAGCCUGCUCCCCUCCUGCCCAGCGGAGAGAAGGACGCCAGAGGGGAACCGAGCAAGCAGCUUUUCCAACUCCGGCCCGCCUGCUCCCAACCGGCUCAGCCCUUCCUAGCAGCGACUUUCCCCCGGUCCCUAACGGUCUUCCAGCCUGGCUCAGCACUUUGCUCACACUCCCUUGCGCUGCGAUGUGCGCCCCCCGGCUGCUGUGUGCGCGGUGCAAGGGGCUGGCGGCCCCACUUCCACUCCGGCCGAGGCGAAGGAAACCUCCAUGCUAAAGCCAUAUCACAUCCAAUCCAGCAACAACUAACACCUCAAAACCUGGAGCUGCUCUUUCUGCUGCCUGACUUUUGCCUCAGAUUGACAGAGGAGGCUUUUUAAAAACCAACUCCCCUGCCCCCCAUCCCAGCCACUUACCAAGUGAUUUGCUGUGAUGGAUUUCAGAUGGACAUGUGUAAGGCAUAUUCAGCAGAACCUGGUCUAGCCUAAGAAUUUGCCAAGCAAGUCCAGAAGCACAAGAUGACAGACGAGCCCAUUAAAGAGAUGCUGGGAGCUCCAAAGCAUCCUGAACCUGUAACGAUGGAGAAGAGCAAUAACAAUGACUGCGUGGUAACAACUGUCCCUUUGGUCAGUGAGUGCCAGCUGACUGCAGCAACCGGAGGAGCGGAGCUGUCCUGUUACCGUUGCACUAUCCCCUUUGGUGUGGUCAUUCUUAUAGCUGGAGUGGUGGUCACCGCUGUGGCUUACAGCUUCAAUUCCCACGGCUCAAUCAUCUCAGUGUUUGGACUGGUCCUCUUGUCAUCUGGACUCCUCUUGCUGGCUUCUAGUGCCUUGUGCUGGAAGAUCAGGCAACAGCACAAGAAAGCCAAAAGGCGGGAGAGUCAGACAGCGCUUGUGGCGAAUCAGAGAAGCUUGUUUGGUUAGAGACUACCAGGAAAACCACGAACAGAAGAGAGCUCCCUUGUAAGUCAAUUUGACUAUUUAUUGAUAAGUCAGACCGCAGGAAGUUUUUGACUGGAUUGGAAUGAAAAUGGGUUGGAUUGAGAGACUCUAGGAGCAUCUUUGGAAUUGUUAGUAUCUGUCUUUUCACAGACUUACAGACAGUGAUAUUUCUUCCAAGACAGAGGGGGGAAGAAAGGUGGAUUUUUUUUUUUCUUCACAGAAAAAGUGUCAUGACUUAUUCUUUCGACUGCAGUUAACACUCAGAUACUAUUGGAAAGGGAGCCCAGUGAACAGUCAAGAAAAUAACUUAACCUGAUCUGAUGUGCCAGAAACCUGCUUAAAAAUAAUACGCACUGUGAGGUCUGACCAAGGGAGGAGUUGUAGCAUUUGAACAGAUGACAAAAAAAAACAAAAAAAAACCUUGUGGCUAGAUUGCCUUUGACUUAGGUUGUUCUAGGGAAAAACAAACAGGAAAAAAAACCAACUGUGAUUGCUCAAUAAGCUGAUGUGAGGAUGGCAGGUCAUUUUGGUUUGUUCCUAUGUGUUAUGAGUGGUACUUUAAAAAAAAAAACAGUAAUAUUAAACUUGUUUUACUAUUGAAUAGAGGUAGGUAGGUAUUUGUAAUUAUAUUUGUCCAACAUAAAUAACGAGGUAUGAGUAUAGCUUAAAUUGAGUUUUUUGUAAAUUAAAGUGGUCGGAUUUAGCACUUUGAUUUUGAUAAAAAAGGAUUAAAUGUACAUUUCAUUUAAAAUAAUAAACAUUCAGUGCUGCUAGAUCUUUAGAAAGUCUAGCAUUUUUCAUUGUUUUUGGGACAGCUUGUCCUUUCAGCUUCAAUCCCGGAGCUUUACGAUCUUCUUUUCACAACAUCCCUUUGUAGAGCAAUAGUU